AUGCCACUAAAAUUUAGUAUUCAUAACCCCAGGGUAACAGUGCUCCAUACUCCCAAUAAAUUUUUCAAAACAUUAAAAAUAUUAUUUAAUAGUUCAAAGGAAAGAAUAGUGAUUAGUUCUUUGUAUAUAGGAACAGGGGAGCUUGAAAAAGAAUUAAUAAAUGAUAUAAUAAAUAAUAAAAAUAUAAAAAAUAUACAAAUAGAUAUAUUAUUAGAUAAACAAAGAGGAACAAGACCGGAAGGAAAAUUAAAUGAAACGUCUAUAGACAUAUUAUCAAAAUUAUUUAAAUAUGGAAAUAAUGUAAAUAUAAAUUUAUUUCAUAAUCCAUUACUUGGUGCUAUGUUAUAUAAUAUAUUACCAUAUAGAGUAAAUGAAACAAUAGGAGUUAUGCAUAUGAAAAUAUAUAUGGGUGAUGAUAUGGUUAUAAUAUCUGGGGCAAAUAUUAGUGAUAGUUAUUUAAAAAAUCGAAAAGAUAGGCAUUUUUUAAUUGAAAAUAAAUUUUUAGCAAAUUCAAUUUAUAAAAUUGUUAAUUGUGUACAACAAAUGUCAUUUUCUUUAAAUCGAGAUUUAACUAUUGAUUGGAAAAGCGAUUUAAUAAACCCUUUGAUAGAAUCUUAUUUAUUUCGAGAGCAGUUCUAUAGAAGGAUCAAAUUUAUUUUGAGAGAAAUACAAAAAGAUAUUUCAGAUUAUAACAUUAAUAAUUUUGGUACUGAUUUACCCAUCCAUUAUAAUGAUAGCACAUUAGUAAAUAUCGAUAAUGAGAUCGAAAAAAAUGAACAUAUGCAUGCUAAUAAUAUUACUGAAAAUGAUGGCGAAAUAAAUAUAAAUUCAAAUUAUAUUUCUACAUCAAAAAAAAAUGAUAAUUUUUUUUACCCUUUAUAUGAAAAAAAAAAUAUAUUAACUAUCGAGCUAGGUAUGCAAUGCCCCUUUUCGAUUCCCCCAAUUUAUGAUGAAACUGAUAUGCUUGAAAAUUUGUUAAAAAACGUUGAAAAAUAUAAUCAAAGUUUAAUCGUUGCAUCGGCAUAUUUAAACUUUACUACACCUUUUUUGAAAUUACUUCGACGUAUUUAUGAUAAUUUGUUUUUAAAAAAUGGGAAAAUUAAUUUUAUUACAGCUGCACCAUCAUCUAAUAGCUUUUACAAAUCAAAAGGCAUAAGUUAUUAUGCGCCUCUUGCUUAUAGUAUUAUUGCAGAUACAUGUAUUGAAUUUGUUACAUCAAAUUUUCUUAAUUUAUUUAAAAAUGUAAAAAAAACACCUGAUUUAAAACAAAAAUUAAAUAACGCAACAAAUAUAUAUAUGGAAUAUCAUAAACCAGAAUGGACAUUUCACUCAAAGGGAAUGUGGAUAAUUAACCAUUUGGAAAAUAGCGAAAAUUAUAAAAUACAUGUAUGUUCAGAAAAAUGUGAACAAAAUAUCCAAAAAUUGGAAAAUAAAUGUUAUAAUUUGGAAAAUUGCCUGAACAUGUCAGAAUUUUGUGACUAUAAAAAAAGUGUGUAUAAGAAAAUUUUAAAUGAUGAAAAUAAUGAUAUAAAACAAUUAUUAGAAACCCCUGAAUAUAUGCCAUGGGUAACAGUCAUAGGAAGUUCAAAUUAUGGGCAUAGAGCUUCAUACAGAGAUUUAGAAAUGGGAUUUAUCAUUAAAACAAAUGAUCCAUAUUUAAAAAAACAAUUUCAAGAAGAAUUAAAUAAUAUUUACAAGUCAUCAAAAUAUGUAAAUAUGAUUGAGCUUAAAUUAAGAUAUUCACAUUGGCUAAGAUAUAUAGUCAAUUUUUUUUUUAAAUGGAUCUUAUAA